UACACAACCCACCAAUCUGUCUUUGCAAGCUUCAACAAUGUCUAUCUCAAAAUUCACUUCCUCUUUCAAUCUAAAGCUUUCCAUAGCGCUCCUUAUUCUCCAAGCUUAUACUGUUUUUGGAGCUGAUCCACUCUUCCAUUUCUGUUCAAGCUCUGAAAACUUCACUUCCAAUGGCCCUUACGAGUACAACCUCAACAAGCUUGCAGGCGAUCUAUCCCUCCAAACCCCUCAAGCAGGUUUUGGUUUUGGCUCAUCAGGCCGAAACCCAGACCAAGCUUAUGGCCUUGCGCUGUGUAGAGGAGACGUCUCAAGCUCAGACUGCAAAACCUGUGUUGCAGAGGCAAGCGGUGAGAUCCGCAAGCGUUGUCCAUCAAACAAAGCAGCAAUCAUUUGGUAUGAUUACUGUCUUUACAAGUAUUCUGAUAAGAAAUUCUUUGGCCAAAUUGACAAUAGAAACAAGUUCUACAUGUGGAACAUUAGAGUUGUGAGUGAACCAGUUUCAUUCAACAAGCAGACAAAGGAUCUGCUAAGCCAGCUGGCUAAAAAAGCCUAUGCAACUCCAAAAUUAUAUGUUUCAGGAGAGACAAAGCUUGGAGAAUCUGAGAAGCUUUAUGGGUUGGUUCAGUGCACCAGAGAUCUUUCUAAUGUUGAUUGCCAGAAGUGUCUUGAUGGAAUAAUAGGUGAACUUCCAAGCUGCUGUGAUGGAAAAGAAGGUGGAAGAGUUGUGAGUGGGAGUUGCAAUUUUAGAUAUGAGAUUUACCCAUUUGUCAAUGAAUAGAAGAAGAUUGAUUUAUGGGUUGGAUUAAUAUAAUCCUGUUAUUAUAUGAUCAGGAGGAUGAAAUAAAAUGGUUUUACAGAUACACCUGCAGACAAUUUUAGGUAAUUAAAGAUCUUGAGUUUAAUUAACAAGUCUUGUAUUGUAAGAAGAUUGGAUUGUUACUCAAUCCAUUUAUGGUUUUUCUUGAUUU